CUCCUCUACGCUCAAAAGUCUUACCUCCUCCAAUCUCAACUCUCUCUCUCUCUCUCUAGACUGUAAAAUCCACCAUUAUCGUUAGGGUUUAAGACCUCAUUCUUACACUCUCUUCUUCAUAAACAACAUGACAACCUUAAACCCUGUCUGUUCCAAAACAAACCAAAUUCACAAACAAUUCCUACAUUAUCAACGUCCAAUUUAUGCUAAACCCAUUUCUUGUCUCUCUUUUAGAACACCACCCCCACCAUUUUCCACCUCUUUCUUCUCCAUUAAAGCCUCCUCUUCUCAAAACCCUAAACCCAUUAUCCCUCAAAACCCUAAUGAAAAAUCUCAAAACCCGUUCUCAUUCCUCAAGCCGACACUCGUUGCUACAGUUACUACCACUGCCCUUAUCUUUUCAAGAUUCUAUUUUUUCCCGAAACCUUCAAUUUCUGCUCAGAAUUUUGCUCCUCCUUCUGCUGCUGUGGAAACUGAUGUGGGAGAAGCAGUUUCAGAUGAGGAAAGAGAAAGGGCAAUUGAGGAACACUUGGUUUCGAACCCGGAUGACGUGGAAGCAUUAAGGAAUUUGAUGGAAAUUAAGAUAAAGAACAAGAAAAUGCUUGAUGCUAUUAGCAUUAUUGAUAAGUUGAUUGAGGUGGAACCGAAUGAGUCCGAAUGGCCAUUGAUGAAAUCCCAUUUGUAUGUUAACAUUGGUGAGGUUGAAUUGGCCAAAGUUGGGUUCAAUGAGAUAUUACAAAAAGACCCUUUUCGUGUCGAGGCGUAUCAUGGGCUGGUUAUGGCUGCUUCGCAAGAUGAAUCGAUUGAAGAUUUGAAGGGGAUUGAGAAAAAGAUUGAGGAGGGGAUGAAGUUGUGUAAGAAGGAGAAUAAAAAGAGUGACUUGAGGGAUUUUAAGCUAUUGCUUGCACAAAUCCGAGUGAUCGAAGGGAAAUAUGAAGAUGCAUUGAAGGUAUACGGGGAGUUAGUUAAAGAGGAGCCUAGGGAUUUCAGGCCUUAUUUGUGUCAAGGGAUAAUAUACACAUUGUUGAGGAAAAGCAGCGAGGCUGAAAAGUGUUUCGAGAAGUAUAGAAGACUUGUACCACAAGGGCAUCCCUAUGCUAGGUAUUUCGAUGAGAAUAUGAUCGCAACAAAGGUUUUCGCACAGAAGGUGGAGAAUGAGAGAGCUGGGUCGAAAAGUUGAAUCGAAUAAGGGUUUGGUUCAGUUGAAGUUCAAGACUGGAUGAUAGAGGUAUGGUGGAAAAUGGUUUGCUUUAUAUGUUAUUAGCUUGAUAAUGGUUUUAGCUUACUAGAUGUUUCGAUUUAGUUUGUGUGCUUUGCAUAGAUUGGUUGUUCUAUCAGUUAUGGAUUAGCUAUUAGGGUCAGAAAAGGAAAAUUUUUGUAAGUGAGGAGAAUGGUGCUCAGGCUCGUUGAUUAUCAGCAGGUUCUUGAAUGAUGUAAUAUCAUAGUUCAUUUAAUCAAGAAUGAAAGGGUGAAUUAUGCUUUGUGAUUU